GCUGACGGACGGCCUGACGGAGGCGGUGGCGGGCUCUCGCGCCGGGCCCUGACGCCCUCCUCCAUGCACACAUAGCGAGCGGCCUCGGCCGCGGCUGCUCUUCCUCGGACUGACGGAGAGCGGCAGUGUCUCCCCGCGCAGCGCGCGCUCCCUUGCCCGCUCGCUCUCCCUCCUCUCUUCGCCUCUCUUCCUCGCCUGGCUCGGCUCUCCCCCCGCGGAGGCCGAGGCUUCUCCUCCCCGGCCCCGCCGGCCCCAGCACCGCUCCGGGGAAGGCGGCGGCGACGACGGCGGCGGGACCCACGGAGCCGCUUUGUGUGCAGCCUGAAGACAAGGAGGCGGCGGCCUCGGCUCCACCUGCGGACAGCGACCCUAGAGCUCCAUGCGCCUCCCGCACGCAUGAGGACGAGAGGCCGGUAGAGGAGCGUGGAAGAAAAGUUGUCCCCCAGGAUGGACUUCCCCGCUGCACAGCCCAAGCCGCCCACGGCCCUCUGUGGCGUGGUGAGCUCCGACGGGAAAAUCGCCUACCCCCCGGGCGUGAAGGAGAUCACUGACAAGAUCACCAACGACGAGGUGGUCAAACGGCUCAAGAUGGUAGUAAAAACCUUUAUGGACAUGGAUCAGGACUCAGAAGAUGAAAAGCAGCAGUAUCUCCCUUUAGCCUUGCAUCUUGCAUCUGAAUUCUUCCUCAGGAAUCCCAACAAAGAUGUACGUCUUCUUGUAGCAUGUUGUUUGGCUGAUAUUUUCCGAAUCUAUGCUCCAGAAGCACCUUAUACUUCCCAUGACAAACUCAAGGACAUAUUUUUAUUCAUUACAAGACAGUUAAAAGGUUUGGAAGAUACUAAGAGUCCACAAUUUAAUAGAUAUUUUUACUUAUUAGAGAAUUUAGCUUGGGUUAAAUCCUAUAACAUCUGCUUUGAAUUGGAAGAUUGCAAUGAAAUUUUUAUUCAGCUUUUUAGAACUCUCUUCUCAGUAAUCAACAAUAGCCACAAUAAGAAGGUACAAAUGCACAUGUUGGAUUUGAUGAGUUCUAUCAUCAUGGAAGGUGAUGGUGUUACCCAAGAAUUAUUGGAUUCUAUUCUUAUUAACCUCAUUCCUGCACAUAAGAACUUAAAUAAACAAGCAUUUGAUCUUGCAAAAGUUUUACUGAAAAGAACAGUCCAGAUCAUUGAAGCAUCCAUUGCAAAUUUUUUCAACCAAGUUCUGGUGUUGGGAAGGUCUUCAGUAAGUGAUUUAUCAGAACAUGUAUUUGAUCUGAUACAGGAACUUUUUGCCAUAGAUCCUCAUUUAUUGCUCUCUGUUAUGCCACAACUUGAAUUCAAGCUAAAGAGCAAUGAUGGAGAAGAGCGUUUAGCUGUCGUUCGAUUGCUAGCUAAAUUGUUUGGUUCUAAAGAUUCUGAUUUGGCAACACAGAAUCGGCCUCUUUGGCAGUGCUUUCUUGGAAGAUUUAAUGACAUUCAUGUUCCAGUGAGGUUAGAAAGCGUGAAAUUUGCCAGUCACUGUUUAAUGAAUCACCCAGACUUAGCAAAGGACCUUACAGAAUACUUGAAGGUUAGGUCUCAUGAUCCAGAAGAAGCUAUUCGUCAUGACGUCAUUGUUACCAUAAUAACAGCUGGCAAAAGAGACCUUUCUUUAGUCAAUGAUCAGUUACUUGGCUUUGUGAGGGAAAGAACAUUGGACAAACGGUGGAGAGUUCGAAAAGAAGCUAUGAUGGGCCUUGCCCAACUUUAUAAGAAAUACUGUCUUCAUGCAGAAGCUGGAAGAGAAGCUGCUGAGAAAGUGAGCUGGAUAAAGGAUAAACUUUUGCACAUAUAUUAUCAAAAUAGCAUUGAUGACAAAUUGUUGGUAGAGAAAAUCUUUGCUCAGUAUCUUGUCCCUCACAAUCUUGAAACAGAAGAAAGAAUGAAAUGUUUAUAUUAUUUGUAUGCCAGCCUGGAUCCAAAUGCUGUAAAGGCACUCAAUGAAAUGUGGAAGUGCCAGAAUCUACUGAGGAGUCAUGUGCGAGAGUUACUGGAUUUGCACAAACAGCCGGCUUCAGAAGCUAACAGUUCUGCCAUGUUUGGAAAGCUGAUGACCAUAGCAAAGAAUUUGCCUGACCCUGGAAAAGCACAAGAUUUUGUGAAAAAGUUCAAUCAGGUCCUUGGUGAUGAUGAAAAACUUCGGUCUCAGUUAGAGUUAUUAAUCAGCCCUACAUGUUCAUGCAAACAGGCAGAUGUCUGUGUGAGAGAAAUAGCUCGGAAGCUUGCAAACCCCAAGCAGCCAACUAAUCCUUUCCUUGAGAUGGUCAAAUUUCUUUUGGAAAGAAUUGCACCUGUGCACAUUGACUCAGAAGCCAUCAGUGCACUAGUGAAGCUGAUGAACAAGUCAAUAGAGGGGACUGCUGAUGAUGAAGAGGAGGGUGUGAGUCCAGAUACAGCCAUUCGUGCAGGACUUGAACUACUUAAGGUUCUAUCUUUCACACAUCCUACCUCGUUUCACUCAGCAGAGACAUAUGAGUCCCUGUUGCAGUGCCUCAGAAUGGAAGAUGACAAAGUAGCAGAAGCCGCCAUACAGAUUUUUAGGAAUACAGGACACAAAAUAGAAACAGACCUUCCACAAAUAAGAUCCACCUUAAUUCCCAUUUUACAUCAAAAAGCCAAGAGAGGUACACCACACCAAGCAAAACAAGCUGUUCAUUGUAUCCAUGCCAUAUUCACAAAUAAAGAAGUACAACUUGCACAGAUUUUUGAGCCUCUCAGUAGAAGUCUGAAUGCUGAUGUUCCAGAGCAGCUUAUAACCCCCUUAGUUUCAUUGGGUCAUAUUUCCAUGUUAGCACCAGAUCAGUUUGCUUCCCCAAUGAAAUCGGUAGUAGCAAAUUUUAUUGUGAAAGAUCUUCUAAUGAAUGACAGGUCUACAGGUGAAAAGAAUGGAAAAUUAUGGUCUCCAGAUGAAGAAGUUUCCCCAGAAGUACUAGCCAAAGUUCAAGCAAUUAAGCUUCUGGUACGAUGGCUACUGGGGAUGAAAAACAACCAGUCUAAGUCUGCCAAUUCAACUCUUCGGUUAUUAUCAGCAAUGCUGGUUAGUGAGGGUGACCUGACAGAACAAAAGAGAAUCAGUAAAUCUGAUAUGUCUCGUUUGCGACUGGCUGCUGGUAGUGCCAUAAUGAAGCUUGCUCAGGAGCCUUGUUACCAUGAAAUUAUUACGCCAGAACAGUUCCAGCUCUGUGCACUUGUUAUUAAUGAUGAGUGCUACCAAGUGAGGCAGAUAUUUGCUCAAAAGCUGCACAAGGCUCUUGUGAAGUUACUGCUCCCAUUGGAGUACAUGGCAAUCUUUGCCUUGUGUGCCAAAGAUCCAGUGAAAGAGAGAAGAGCCCAUGCCCGACAGUGUUUGCUGAAGAACAUCAGCAUACGAAGGGAGUAUAUUAAACAGAAUCCCAUGGCUACUGAAAAGCUCUUAUCCCUGCUGCCUGAAUAUGUAGUUCCAUAUAUGAUUCACCUGUUGGCACAUGACCCAGAUUUUACAAAACCUCAAGAUGUUGAUCAACUUCGUGAUAUCAAAGAGUGCCUGUGGUUCAUGCUUGAAGUUUUAAUGACAAAGAAUGAAAAUAACAGCCACGCCUUUAUGAAGAAGAUGGCGGAAAACAUCAAGUUAACCAGAGAUGCCCAGUCGCCUGAUGAGCCGAAGACUAAUGAAAAACUUUACACAGUAUGUGAUGUUGCUCUUUGUGUUAUAAAUAGUAAAAGUGCUUUAUGCAAUGCAGACUCACCAAAGGACCCAGUCCUCCCAACCAAAUUUUUCACUCAACCUGAAAAGGAUUUCUGUAACGACAGGAGUUAUAUUUCUGAAGAGACAAGAGUUCUCCUUUUAACAGGAAAGCCCAAACCUGCUGGAGUACUAGGUGCUGUAAACAAGCCUUUAUCAGCAACAGGAAGGAAACCGUAUGUCAGAAGCACAGGAACAGAACCUGGAAGCAAUAUUAAUGUAAACUCAGAGCUGAACCCUUCGACAGGAAAUCGAUCAAGGGAGCCAAUUUCAGAAGCUUCAGAAACUGGAGUUAGUGAAAACGAAGAGAACCCUGUAAGAAUCAUCUCCGUCACCCCAGUGAAGACUGAGCCUGUAAAGAACAAGGAGAUUAACUCUGAUCAGGCUACUCAGGGCAACAUUAGCACUGACCGAGGAAAGAAGAGAACAGCAACCGCAUCUGGAGCAGAGAAUAUCCAACAGAAACCUGAAGAGAAGAAGGUAGAUGAGACAGGACCACCCGCCCCUCCCAAAGCCAGGCGAGGACGUCGGCCCAAGACUGAAUCUCAGGGCAGUGCAACCAAAAAUGAUGAAACAAAUAAAUCAGCUGGGAGGGGAAGAAAGAGGGCCGCAGUCGGUCAGGAGAGCCCAGGGGGGCUGGAGGCCAGCAACACCAAAGCCCCCAAACUACAAGAUGUAGCCAAAAAAGCAGCACCGGCAGAGAGGCAAAUUGAUUUACAAAGAAACCAAGUACUGGAAAGUGAUGGAGAUUCAUUUUGGGACAUAGAAUCAAGUCCAGGAAAUUCUCCCAGGGACCUGGAUCAUUUAAAAGUCUGUGAAAGCAGCCAGGAAGAUGCUGAGGAUACAGAACUAGCAAAGGGAGGCUUCAUUAAGGUAAAAAGAAACUCGGAAAGGGAGGAGAUGACGGCCAAAUAAAGACAGGCUCAAGCUUCUGCAAAAACUAGAAUUCAAAAUGUACCUGUACAGGAACUGAGAUGACUUCAAAACACCCAAUUUCUGCCUUGAAAACUGAAAAACUAUUACAUCCCUUUCAUAUGACACCAGUCCUUGAAUGGAAAUGUAAAACAAACUCUUGAGAGAGGCUAAAAGCAACUGUACUUAUUUUCCCUGAGACUUUUUUAUGAAAAGUCAAUAAUUAAGCAAAUUGCUUAACACUUGGUUCCAGUUCCUGCAUAUCUGGAGUAUAAAGUGCAUCACACCGUUCUUUUCCAUGCUGCAUUUUUUUAAAGAAAGUCACAGGAUGUCCUUACACUGACACAGAAAAUUCAUAAUUCUAGAGCCAGGAAUGCCCAUGUUACACAAGCAAAAUAGAAGCCUACUGAAUUAAUUUUAAGGAGAAAAAGAGAUCGGAACAAGUACUUCUUGGCUUUUCUUCUUGAAGACUUUUAUGUAUAAUUCUUUCCGCCUGCCUACUUUUCUGCAAAAAUAAGAUGUACAGAUUUCAUUUCCCUGCUAUGAAAAGUCAUGUGGUGGCAAUUUUAUAAAUGUUGCUUUCUGAUUUUUAUCAGAGUGAGAAAAUAAUUAAAAUUAUUGAUUUGCAAGUAACCAUUUCAUUUUUUAAUCCCCCCCACUUUAGUUUAAUAUAAUUUGCAAUAAAUGUACAUAUUGUUGUUUUAUAAAACAUAUCACUUUAAAAGGAUUUUACUCCAGUGGUUAUUAUGUUGGAAUAUUGGAAAUUUUAAAGGAGUAAAAAGGCAGUUCAGGAUUUGGUUUUAUAAUGUGCAUCACCAGAUUUUUAUUAUUGAUGUAAAAAAGUCAGUUUUUUAAAAUAGAUGGACUUUGGCAGCUUCAUAAGGAAAGUUGGAAAUGUUUAGAAUUGCACCCAAUUUUAAGCAUUGCGAUAAAUGAAAGAAUGUCUGUUUUGCAUUUUGUUUCCCAGUAUGAACUUUUUUUUUUUUAAUUUUAGAAGACUUGCACCAAUAUUGUUUCCUGGCAUUGCUCAGCGGGGAACAACUUUUAGUACACUUUGUGUACACAUGAUCAUAUUUAAGUUGGUUGCAUAAAAUAAAUGCUUCUAGGUGUCAUAUGAUAGUCCUUGCUUUUUAAUCUGUCAAUAUGUUUUCUCGCCUUAAAUGGAGUUUUCUUAUGUGCAGAGGCUAAAGGGAUUCAGAAUUGGAUGGCAUGAUUACAGUCAACUCUCUGUUAUUCGUGGUAAUGGAGGGGUAAGAAUGGUCAAUUCAAGAAGUACUUCAUUGAUUUGGCUCAAUUAUGUAUGUGUCUGAUGACCUGGAAAAACAUCAAACAAACAAAAAAAGCAUCGUCAAGAUCCAAGAAACUUUCUUGUAGAACUUCCCCUGCACAGAACUCUCCCUGUUUCUUACUAGAGGUUCAUCUCCUAAGCAAUCCGUCAAUAAACACUGAUUAAGCACCUACUUUGUGCCAGGCACCAUGCUAAUAAUCACUUAGCACAAGCCUCAACUGAACUUUUUCAGUGUAUUUGCACCGUGUGCCUAUACUUGGUUAGAGGCAGUAAUUAAAGCAAAAGAGUGAUGAUGAAUUGUUUCGACAAAGAAUUAUCACCUGCUUUACUCAAUCAUGUUAACCAAAAUGAAAGUAAUAUUUGUAGUACAAAAAUAUCUACACCCCCCCCCAGGAUAAUCCAGAGUUGGCUGUAUAUUAAUAAUGUAUAUGGAAAAUAUAGGUAAAUCAAUUGUUUAUAAGAUGGAGGUAUACUAAUAGUAGAAAAAUAUGAUUCUGGGAGCAUGUAAAAUUGGCCCUGCCACUUUUUAUUGUCUUCUCUUUUAUUGCCUUGUAAUACAAAUCAGAAAUGAAGUUCAGACUUGGUCACUAGAACCUGAGGGGCAAGAGGAAGAAACAAAAACUACGCAGAAAUAUAUGACAGUGACUUUAGGCAACCUAUGAAAAAUGGGCACCUCCUAGUCAGGGAGUUUUAAAGAUCCUCUUCAUGUUAGACAAGUUUAUUUAAGCACCCUCAAGCCUUUAAGGAGAGGACAAGAACCUUUUUGCCCAGGAACUCUUCCUCUGGGACUCAGCCCUCACUAUUAAAGACCAAAAAGCAACUGAUCCAGGGAACCAUGGCGAAUAUAGGGGAAAAGCAAGCAAGCAGAGAACUAGUAUAGAUAGAAUCAAAAGCACUGGCAGGACAUGCACCUGAUUUUAAUUAUGGCAUCCAAAUGGUUUGUACGAAGGGAAAUAAAAAGAAAUAGGAAGAUGAGAGGUUGAAUGGGAAAAUAUCUAUUGGAACAAAAAUUUGAGUUCUUUUUAAACAAUAAAAAUUUAAUUCCUCUUAAACUGUUGUUCACAUCUCAAAGUUAAACAAAAUGAAGGAAUCCAGAUUUGCAGUUGAGCUAAUGUUAACCCUUUGUGUCUAGUUUGAGGAUUCUUGUAAUUUGUCUAAUAAUACAACCAGAAUUUUAUACUCUUUGAUACAAAGCGUGUAUAGUAGUUUUACAUAUUCUUGUGCUGCACAUGGGCUGGAUUUUUAGAAUUUUCUUUUUAAGAAUGAAGCAGAACAUUGUAAUUUGUGUAAAUGCAGAGUGUAAUAUCUACCAUGAAACACUAAAAACAUGGAUUGUUUCGAAUAAAACCAAGAAAUGCAGCAUUA